AUGGAGAGAUCACAAGCUGUGUUUUGCAGUUUUCUUCUUCUUGUUCUUGUUGAAAGCCUUGCGGUGCAAGCGGAUUCACCUUGCACCCGUCAAUGCCCAGUCGAAUGCGCAAAGAGGGGUACCAGAGCAUUCCAGUGUUUCGCUAUCUGUGUCAAGCAGUGCGAUCUUGGUGAGGGAUCAGAACCAGUGGCAAAAGAUCAACCAAAAGCACCCUGGGAGAGCGCAGAAGAGAAGCACGACAAAAAGAAACAUAUUAUCACUUCUCCAGCAAGCAAAUUCCAUGAAGAAGAUAGUAAACACUCACCAAAGGCGCCACAAUUCCCAUGA